GGUGCUGCCGGUGACCUCCGACCCCGCGGCCGCGGGGCGGGGCGGGGAGGCCUUAGCUCCGGGCGGGCGGCGGCUGCUGCAGCGGGACCCGGGAGCGGGGCCCGGCGCCGCCUGGGCCGCGGGGCGAUGUGAGCCCCAGGUGUAUCUCAGAGGGAUCCGGGUGACUUCUCUGCAGACUGUUUGCCAUGACAGCCCCCCAAGGACGGGGGAAAUGAAGUGGGAACCCUUCCCCAUGCCCCUCCCACGGUCAGCUCCCCAAUGGCCUGGGUGAGGGCAGGCUGGCUGCUCUGACACCAUGGGGAGCUGCUGCAGCUGCCUGAACAGAGACAGUGUUCCGGACAACCACCCCACCAAGUUCAAGGUGACAAAUGUGGAUGACGAGGGGGUGGAGCUGGGCUCUGGGGUGAUGGAGCUGACACAGAGUGAGCUGGUGCUGCACCUGCAUCGGCGUGAGGCCGUCCGCUGGCCUUACCUCUGCCUGCGGCGCUAUGGCUACGACUCCAACCUCUUUUCCUUUGAGAGUGGCCGCCGAUGUCAGACAGGCCAGGGAAUAUUUGCAUUUAAGUGUUCCCGGGCUGAGGAAAUCUUCAACCUCCUUCAGGAUCUGAUGCAGUGCAACAGCAUCAAUGUGAUGGAAGAGCCUGUCAUCAUCACCCGCAAUAGCCACCCCGCUGAGCUUGACCUCCCUCGAGCCCCCCAGCCUCCCAAUGCUCUAGGAUACACUGUCUCCAGCUUUUCCAAUGGCUGCCCUGGAGAGGGCCCACGAUGCUCAGCUCCCCGGCGGCUCUCGACAAGCAGCCUGCGGCACCCCUCGCUUGGGGAAGAGUCCACCCAUGCCCUCAUUGCUCCUGAUGAGCAGUCCCACACCUAUGUCAACACACCGGCCAGUGAAGAUGACCACCGCAGGGGCCGCCACUGCCUGCAGCCCCUGCCUGAGGGUCAGGCACCCUUCCUCCUGCAGGCCCAGGGUCCUGACCAACGGGACCCACAGGUGUUCUUGCAGCCAGGCCAGGUGAAGUUUGUGUUGGGCCCGACCCCUGCUCGGCGGCACAUGGUGAAGUGCCAGGGCCUCUGUCCCAGCCUGCAUGACCCCCCACACCACAAUAAUAACAAUGAGGCCCCUUCCGAGUGCCCAGCCCAGCCUAAGUGCACCUACGAGAACGUCAGCGGGGGGCUGCGGCGAGGGGCUGGCUGGAGACUGAGCCCAGAGGACCCAGGCUGGAAUGGCCUUGCCCACCGCCGGGCCGCCCUGCUGCACUAUGAGAACCUGCCCCCACUGCCCCCUGUGUGGGAAAGCCAAGCCCAGCAGCUGGGAGGGGAGGCUGGGGAUGAUGGGGACUUGAGGGAUGGGCUCACACCCUCUUCCAAUGGCUUCCCUGAUGGUGAGGAGGACGAGACCCCACUGCAGAAGCCCACCAGCACGCGGACCGCAAUCCGCAGCCACGGCAGCUUUCCUGUGCCACUGACCCGCCGCCGCGGCUCCCCAAGGGUCUUCAACUUUGAUUUCCGCCGGCCGGGGCCCGAGCCCCCAAGGCAGCUUAACUACAUCCAGGUGGAGCUAAAGGGCUGGGGUGGAGACCACCCUAAGGGGUCCCAGAACCCCUCGAGCCCCCAAGCCCCCAUGCCCACCACCCACCCUGCCCGAAGCUCAGACUCCUACGCCGUGAUUGACCUCAAAAAGACCGUGGCCAUGUCCAACCUGCAGAGAGCUCUGCCCCGAGACGAUGGCACCGCCAGGAAAACCCGGCACAACAGCACCGACCUGCCUCUGUAGGGACGUCCCAGUCCUCACCACCCUUUGCCCCACCAUGAUCCAGCCUGUGCCUCACACUCCUGUCUUCUGAACCCACCCUCCCCAGGGUUCAGGGUUGCUUUGCAGAAGGCAUGGAGGUGGGACCAGAUGCUUCCCUGUGCUGGCUGGAGUCUCCAGAGAUAGCCACCGAGUCUCCUGGUCUGUCUCCAGGCUGGGGAGAGAAGGGUGACCAGGCGAGGAGGGAGCCGAGACGUCAACUGUGAAGGGUUCCUGUGAUUGCGUUUAGCGCCCUCCCGUUCUGUCCAUUUGUCUUGUCUGCUGACUGUCCGUGUGUGUUUUUUUUGGUUGGAAUUUUGAAACAUUUUGUACCUGUUGAUUUUAUUUAUCAGUUUAUUUUUCUAUUUAUUGUUUUAAAUGUAAUUUAACAUAUUUAUUAUUAAUAUAAUUAUUUUUAAAUUCUG